CAAUUACUGAAAAAAUUAUAUUAAAAUUAAUUGAAAUGAAAAGUAGACAACAUUUUGUUGGGUUAACUCCACAUAAGAUGAAAUUUCCCAAAGAGUUCAUCAUUAAUCCAGUUGAUAUUAUUAACGCCAGUAAAAUACUUAAACUUUUUGAAACACCGCAACUGGGGUAUGAAUCUACAUCAAACGACGGGAAAGCACCUAAAUUAAGUUAUUAUUUCCAAUAUUUGAUUAAAUCGCUCAAUUUACAAGUUAGUAAAGGAGAUAGAUUUAUUAAGAAAAAUAGUAGAGUAUGGGAACCAGAGAUUAGUGGUAAAUUUUUACAAAUGAUACCAAAUUUUCGAAUGGGAGAAGAAUUCAUUAGGGAUCCUGAAGAAUUAAUGCAGAUAAGGUUAGCACCUAAAAGACAGCAAACCAAUUUUAAGAUAUUAGAACGGUUUAUUGAUGAUUUACCUAGAAGUAUGUAUGAGGAUCAAAACAGCCAAGAGGAUAUUUUAAUUGAGGAAGAGAUAAUAAGAAGGGAAACCGACAAGAUUGAUGAAGAAGAUAAAAGGCAGUCGUUGGAGUAUGAGCAUAUGUUGUUGAGCAUGAUGGUGAGUUAUGAUACACAAAGAAUGGAUGUGAGGAGCAGUAUGUAUAGUGAAGAAGAGGUGAUGAAUUUAUAUUGCGAGGAUUCGAUAGCGAUUGGCGAGGAAGACGAUAUGGAAGUUGAACUGGAGCCAAGGUAUGACGGGAAGAGAAGAAGCGAGGAGGAUAGAGAGGAAGAGGAGGAAGAAGAAGAAGAAGAAGAAGAAGAAGAAGACGAAGAAGACGAAGAAGACGAAGAAGACGAAGAAGACGAAGAAGACGAAGAAGAUUACGAAGAAGACGACUGCGACGACGAAGAGGACGACGACGGGGUUAUUGAUAGGUUACAACCACAGGACCCAAUUAGGAUUAAGUACACCCCUGAGAGAAGAGUUGAAGUUGAAAGAAAAGUCAUUGAUAGUUACGGUGCCAUGUUUACAAGUUAUCAAGGUGAAGAGAAUAUUAUUAUAUAAAAUAUUAACUAUUUAAAUGAUAUAAGGCAAUAAAGAAACCAUCAAACAAACAAACAAUUAUGCAAGUAGAAAAUAAAAACCAAUGUUUAUAAUCAUAAAUUCUACUCCAAAUAGAAAUUUUUGGAGAUAAAUUGACUGGAGUAUAAUAACUUGAAUAAUUUUUAGCAGGGGAGUUAACAGAAUAGAAAAUUCUUACCAAUUCGAAUAAAAUGAAUUGAUAAAUACAGAAGAAUUUCAAGGAGAAAGAGUAUAAUUUAUAGAUGAAGAUUAACCAUUG